AUGGGCUGCAAGCGGAUUCGAACGACUGCCUACCACCCGGCGUCAAACGGCCUCGUGGAGCGCUUCCACCGACAGCUCAAGGUUGCCCUCCGGGCUGCUCCCGAAACACCCUGGCCAGAAGUCAUACCGCUCGCGCUCCUGGGGAUCCGUUCCACCUUCAAACCUGACAUAGGCUGCUCCGUCGCCGAGAUGGUAUACGGCACGUCCCUACGCCUCCCCGGAGAUCUCAUUUGCCCGUUGCCAGGCAGCACUGCUCUCUCACCACCUGACUACGUUUCGCGGCUCCGCCGUACUAUGGCCGCCCUUCGUCCAGCAACAUCUCGGCCCUCGCGUGUGUCCUCGGCCUUCCAGCAUCCCGACCUCGCCUCCUGCACACACGUCUUUGUGCGCUGUGACGCUGUACGGAAGCCCCUGCAACCGCCCUACACAGGCCCUCACCUCGUGCUGCGCCGUUCACCCAACUUUUACACCAUUCAGCUGAACGGCCGCGAGGACACUGUUGCCUUAGAACGGCUUAGAACGGCUUAA